CUCCUUUCUUGAUUCUUCCUCGCGAGGCAACACCUCGCUCGCUACUCAUAUCGAGGCAUGUACAGGCCUGCCAGAGACUGUUGAGCAUCAGUAUUGACUUACCGUAAUAGUAUCGAUAUCACACGGGCGCUGUGAUAGGCCCUUUGCUUCUGCACCCUCGAAAACAGCUGAACACGCGCUUCCUGCCUCUUCUCCCUAAGUGAAAACACCACUCACUACUCACUCAAGGUAUGCAGGGACUUGUUCAAGAUUUGCGGAAAUUGCAUGUUGACUCGUGGUGACAGUAUCGACAUCAACACGCCAUCGUCGUAGUAGAUCCGUUGUUUCGUAACACUCAAGCACUACUUCUUGAUUCUGCUCUGCAGCACGUAUUAACUUCGCUUCUAGCCUCAACGUAUGUUAAAGGUCAACCGAGACUGAUAAGCACAUGAUACUGACUCGCCGUGAUAGUACUAGCAUUAACGCGCAGUCGUGGUUAGUCCUUUGCUCAACACACUUGAACCCUACCGCUUUAUUCGGCUUCGACACUAUACACCCAUCGCUCCUCAUCCUGAGGUAUGUACAGACUUAACAAGACUGAUCUGAUGAGCACCAAAUGCUAAUUCGUGGUAGAGUCUCAGCAUCGUCACCAUCCGGGCAUACUCUUACGCAUAAUCAGUCCUACCCCUGAUAUCAGGGCAUCCGGCACAUCAUGCCGCAGUUUCCUUUCAAGACGCCCACUUUGGCCGAAUACAAACAGAAUCAAGAAUACUAUGAUCGUUUAUACGAAGGGCUCAGGGAGAUCUGGUAUAACCACAACUCUGCUGUCCCUGGCUUCGUUGAGUUGCCAGAAGAUUGCGUGCCCCGACCCCCAACUGUCAAUCAAGCAUCGUCCUCUCGGGCGGGCCCGAACCCCAACAGCCCUACUAUGCACUGCGACAAGCAGCUCGGCAAGGACUGCAACAAGGCCUGUUGUAAGCACACGCCCAAGGCUCAAGGCCGCCGUGUAACAAUUGCCACAGCCAGUGAUGAAGAGAAUGGCGUGGUCACAGACACGGAAGGCAACAUCACGGACAGCUCCAACCGUUUCGUCAAGGGUAAGAUGACUGCCAAGGGAAAUGGAAAGGACAAGGCGGUCCAGACCGAGUCAGAGAACGAACCGUCUGCUGCUCAGACUGAUGAUGAUGCCUCGACUGACGCUGAGACGUCCGUCCUUUCAUUCGUCGCCUGUCUAAAGGACCCCAACUGGUCCCUUUCUGAGGACUGCCGCCUUCGCAGCAUGAAGGAGGCUGGGGAGACCUGGACUUUCAUCUCCGACUCUCUCCGCAAGACCAAGGACGAUGUCCGAGCUCGCUGGAAGAUACUCCAGAGUCAGUUACGUGCCACAGACACUGACACUGACACCGACACUACCGCUGAGGAGGGGUCUGUCGACGACACCACUGACGAAGACGAGGAAGAAGACGAUGAAGAGGCCAGUGACCAAGAGUCCGACGAGGACGACGAGGGCUCCGAUGAUGAUACCAGCUCGGAAGAUAUGUCGGAGACGAAGACUCGCAAGUCGACUGUGGCCAACAAAUGGCACAAGGGUGCUCGCAACCUCAAGGUUGCGAAAGAAAAUCAGGAGGCAAAGGCUCGCGCAAAGGCCAAGACAUCUGGUAAGGAUGUCUCCUCCGCCGAUGAAGCGAAGGACGAGAGCGAUGACGAUUCAUCGCUCUUCCGAUAUGGCGACCGCGAGAAGCGCGAGCAAAUGAAGUAUCUCCAGGAACACGUCUACGGGGCCAUGUACCCUCCUUACAUCCACCCGCAGCCCGAUGCCUACUUGGGCAAACGAGACUGCGCCCUCCUUGCUACCAUUGACAGCAAGUAUAAGCGAUCUCGCUGGCUCGAAAUGCAGGCCAAUUUCUACAAUGUCACCGGGCGAAUGGUUCCUCUCGAAUCCCUCAAGGCCAGAUGCGAGCGCGCUGAGGCCGAGAAGACGGAGCGCUCAAAGACUCGCGAACUUGAGAGACGCAUGAACAAGGUCGAGGACUGGAUUGCGAAGCAGGAACGUGAGAAGUCGGCCGACUCUGAGGACUCUGAGGACUCCGAUGACACUGAUGAGUCAGACAACUCAGACGAUUCCGAUGACCCUGAAGAUUCGGGCGACUCGGAUGAGUGAUUCGCU